AUGGAAGACAGUGAUGGAAAUAAUCGAAGUUUAGAUGAAGCCGAGGAAAUAAUGCUUGAAUUACAAGCCGAAAGCCAAGUAGAAAUCCAAACCAUUGCUCUAAGCAGCCAGGAAGUAGAAAAAAAGAAGUUGGAAAAAACUAGAAAAGAAACUGAACGAACUGCCUUAAAUGCUAAAAUUGAUAAGUUGGUUAGUGAUAAAUUAACUGAAUUCAGAAAUGAAUUAACUACUACUUAUAAAAUUAAGGAUGGUUUUGAAUUAACUAAAAAGGCUGAUGGCACAGUAGACAAAGAUAAUCGAAAAGAAUAUGGUGAUUUAUUACAGAUUAAAAUUCGAUUAGAAACAAUUCGUUAUUUAGAGAGUGGAGAUGAAAGUAAAGAUAGUUCGGAUGAUGAUGAAAACACUGCUUACAAUAAUUUAAAAACUAUCCAAGAUAAUUAUAAUAAUUCCAAAUUGCUUUUAUUCAGCACCAUUCCAGGAACUACUAGUGCUGACAAGUGUAAAAGGAUUAAAGAAACUACUAAUGAUUUACAAGCCUACCAUGAUGACUAUGAAAAUUUAGAAACUGCUUUCACCGAAGACUUGAAAAAUAAAUGGCAAAGUGCGGAGGCUAAUAACUUCAAAACUAGUGCUAAAUUAAAAGAAUUGUUAGAAAGUAGUUUCCUAAAAAAAGAUGAUAAAUAUGAUGACUUCUUUAAGCAUAUUAAGGGAGGAACCAAUGGCUAUGAAAAUGUUAAGGAUGUUGAUACUUGGGGCAAAUUAUUAUUAAAAGACCCUAAGAUAGUAAUUAUUACUAUCAAAAGAUAUGAGUAUGAUAAUAUGGAAGAUACUGGGGAUGAUAAAGAUAAAAAGAAAACUCAGUUGGAAAGGAAAAUUAAAAAAGUUCUGAAUAAAAAAGGAAUUGACAAUUUAACGGAUGUAGAAAUCAACACUACUCUUUAUGAAGUGGCGAUUGGAACUAAAACUUUGCAUGCUAAGGCUUUAAAGGAUGAUUUAACUGAAUACUCUACUACUGAUGAUGAUACUGGUAAUGGCAAUCAAACUACGGAUGAUACAAAAUGA